AUGGUUCAAACAAAUAACUUAUUCAAAGGUAGUAUAAUAGGUGCUUUAGCUACUGCUGCCAGUGCUCAAUCAUUAUUCACACCAAUAGACUAUAAGUCAACAUUAGAUGUAAAUUAUUACUUCAGAAAUGCUUCAGAUGUUAAAGCUACUGUUAAUGAUGAAGGUAUAGAUAUUGAAGGUUCAUUUGGUUCAAAUUCUGAAUUAUGUUCUGCUUUAAGAGGUGCUCAAAUUGUUUAUUCAAAAGAUAAUGGUGAUGAAAUCUUAUUAACUGCUGAUUGUCAAUCUGUUUAUCAUUUAGUUGAUGAUUCAAAUCAAGAAAUAACAUGGGAUUCAUGUCAAGAAUUCUCAUUCUAUCAAUCAGAUUGUGGUAAUGGUGCUAUUUCUUCAUCUGCUGGUUAUUCAUCAUUAGUUUCAUCUGCUUCAUCAGCUGCUUCUGCACAAGCUUCAAGUUCACAAAGUAUAACGAAUUCAGCAUCAAGCUCUUCAUCUGCUUCAUAUGCUGAAAAUUCAAUAAGUAAUGGUGAAACAUUAUACUUAACUACUGUUACUUCAACCAUAAAUAACAUUGAAACAAUUUAUACUACAUACUGUCCAAUUUCUGAAAUUAUUGCUUCAAGAACUCAUGCUCAAAUAACUGGUGGUACUACAAAUAUUAACGCUCAACCUGCUCAAACUUCAAAUGCCAAUGCUGCUUCAACUGGUGUUUACACAUCAACUUUUGUUUCAACUUCAAGUGGUUCUGUUGGUACUUUCACUUCAUUGUACCCAAUUACCGGUGGUGCUUCUUCAUCUCAAAUUAACAACCAAAAACCAGGUAGAGUCUAUGUCACUGCUACUGAUUAUUAUGAAUCAAUCGCCUCACAAUCUUCAGCUUCAUCAAGCUCUACAUCACCUGCUGUUGAAUCAUCAUCUUCAGAAAGAGCUUUAACAGUCAUUACUGAAACUCAUUCUGGUGUUCAAACUGUUUACACAACUUAUUGUCCAGAAUCUUCAACUUCAGGUGCUUCUGCUGCUUCUGCUCCUUCACCAGUUGCUCCAUCAUCAACUUCAAUCCCUGUUGAAACUUCAUCAUCAGCUCCAAGCUCUGUUGCUCAUCAAGCUGCUACACCAAAAUCAGAAUCACCAAUUGUUGCUUCAUCAGCUCCAGCUUCUGCUCAAGCUUCUCAAGCCUCAAGUGAAUCUGUUAUCAAACCACAAACUCAAGCUACUAAUGUCUCAAUAAUUUCUGAAUCUGCUGCUACACAAAACACUGGUAAUGCUGCUCCAACACAAUCAAAUGAUGUGAGCUCUACCCAAAACGCAGUUUCAACAUCUACAGGUGCUGCUGUUCAAAGUUCUGCAUCUGUUUCAAUUGCUCAACAACAAGGUUCAGCAGCUGCUAAUGGUACUGUUUCUUCUCCACAAGUAUCUGUUUACGAAGGUGGUGCUAAUAAAUUAAUCAAUUCUAUCUCUGCAGUUUCAAUUGUUGCUAUUGUUUUUGGUUUCUUUUGUUAA